AGAAAGAAAGAAAGAAAGAAAGAAAGGGAAAAGAAAGGCUAACAAAAUUAAAACAAGAAGUUUGAAAGAUCUUGCAGGCAUCACUGAAGCCAUGCCUGGUGCAAGUGGUGCCAGCAUAUUUCUCACAAGCUUGGAAGCUGACGUUUCCAUCUCAGCCCAUGGCUCCUGGGAAAUAAAAGGACGUGAUGAGAUUUGUAAUAAAACUGAGCAAGCUGGCAGUGCCAGCCAGGAGAAAGUAACACCUUCCUGAGCCCCGGCAGGAGGCUGUGUUUCCUUCCACUGGGUCCUUCCCAGGGAGCAAACAUUCAGCCUGGUGUUUGCACAGAGCCGGUCCCACAGCCGCUCUGCCCUGGGGGCUGCCCUGGCUUGCAGCUUCUUAUUUCUCUUACACAUUUCCACCUUAUUAGCGUGGGCCCAGUAUGAUCUCUGGGCACUUUUGCAGCCUUGAAAACGCCGUCGGGCCAGGAGCAGAGCCCUGGGAUGGCGCGGUGUUGGGGCACGACGCGUCUCCCCCGCCGCUCCCGAUUCCAGGUCUGCGCCUCCCAGGCUUCCAGGAGUCAUGGACAGAAAACGCAGGGAACACUGCCUCUUUUAGCUGAAGAAGAGCAAAAAUUCAAUAAUUAUGAAUGAAGCCGUGGUUAAGACAAUAGCAGGCUCCGUUCAAAUUAGCAAGAACUUGAAAAUGAUCCGUGCAUCGUUCAGCACGAGUUUGAUCGAUGUGGGGGGGACAGGGUGCGGUGAAUGGAGGCCCCCGGACCUGGAGCAGCUCAGAGGCUUGACACGUACCCGGAGCACAGCGAAAAGGGAGGAAGCGUUUGUAACCAACGGGAAAUAUUAACAUGUCUGUUUCUGCUGUAAAUCAAUGUGGAAUGAUGGGGGCUGAUUGUUCUGAAGUGCAUUCUGUAGCGAAACAAUAAUGAGAAGAAGGAGAGCACAUUACUUAUCUGCUCUACCUGGCUGCUGGAUAAGUGGCAAAUGUCUAAUUGAAAAAAUAUCCUGAUGGGAGAAUUUCUAAUAAAUUUGUUUGCACCCUCAUAGCCUGGAGGAGAGGGAAAAAAAAUCCAAUCAGCAGUGGGGAAGUUCCAAAGUUUCCAUCGCAUUUCAAGCCUUGAUUUUCAGGCUCGCUGCUCAGGCUGGCAAUCAGAGGCGCAGUAAUUUUGAAGGCAGGAUUCAUUACCGUUAUUAUGAAGGCAUAAAGGGCAGAAGGAAGUGUGGAAUGGAGGUAGGAAUGGUAAAAAGCCAUAAAAAAUACAUUCUGACAAACAGAGAAAGAAGAGUGCUCUUCCUGCCCUGGACCUCCCCAGUUAAAGACACUUUUUGUUUUCUGAAUAUGGCUUUGCAGGUGACUUUUGUUUUCUGGAGAAGAGCUGUUUCAAGCAGGUCUGAGCCUACAUCUCCAAAAUACCGUGCUGGAGAGGGCAAAAGUGAGGCGUGUGUGUGCGAGUUUGGGGAGGAAGGGAGGGACGGACAGACUGACAGAUGGACAGAUGGAAUUAGUUCCCCACUGAGAUGUUUUACAUCUGUUGUGGGCUGCGUGCUGGAAAGCUCAUGUUUGCCUCACCCGGCACCUCCCACGAUGCAGCAGCGUUUGAGCAUCACAAAGCCUUGGGGUGUCCCGGGCCAAAAACCUGGGUGGUUUUUUGGUGAUGUGCUCCCGAAAAGAGAUCGGGAGCAGGACCUCGGGGCCAUAACUGUGCCUGUCCCCCAAAGGCGAUGCUGCUGACAUGCCACUGCCUUGUGCCACCCCUCCUGCACUCUCAGCCUGGGCUGGCAGAGGGUUUUUAGGCUGCAGAGCUGAUUGAGUCUGCACGUCUGGAAGCACGGCAGCUCCAGCUGGGAGCACGUUAGCAGCAGCCGGCUGUGCCGGCAGUCGUUUUGCAGAUGGAGGGAAAUUCAGUUCAACGUGGCUCACACCCGGCUGGCUUCUGGAAUUGCUGCUGGUCCUGGAAAGCCUGCAGGGAUGCUGGUACUCACAGCAUCCCGCUGCUCCUUCCCCGCCGAGGGGUUUUAGGAAAUCCUGUACACGCACAGGGAUCCCCCUCCAUCCUGCUGUGGUUGCCACCACUAUUAGGUGGUGAAUUGCAUGUGAGCCACUGUAAUUUUGCUGCUUUUAAUUGGCUUGCUGUGCUAUCCCAGAGGAUGGUUUGGCAAUUAGAGGGUGUCUGUGCACUCUGGUGCUGAGCAGGGCUUUGCUAACUCUGCGGCCUUUAAUAGCUAAUCCUGUGGCACUCAGAGAAAUGGAAGCGUAAUUAAUAGUCUACACUGAAAACCUUCACCUGGUUUUAUUUAGAUUUCUCUUUUAUUGUCCUUAAUGUGGCCCGUUUCAGUUAAGGCAUAACUGGUUAUCAGCUUCACAUUGGAGAGCAAGAGGACGUGUGCAGGGUGAACAAUCUCCAAUUCAUCAUCUGGCUUGUAAGGGCAAGAGGGCCGGCUCUUCCCCCUUGUUAAGUGUACGGUGUCAUUCGCAGCUGGUACCUUCAUCCUUGUCUCAGGAGUGUUUUACGGCAUAUCCCGUUUUAUUGCCGUAAUUAAUUUGUGAACUUUGCCUCCAGAACUGUCCCAGCUGCACUUUGAGCCGGAGACAACUCUGGAGGGUGUUCUUCCUUCAUUUGGAGCAAGUGAACAGCUCCCGCUGCAGCUAAUUAACGGGAACGGCUUUGUGCUUCUCCGUGGGGGUUUUGCUGGCUAAUCGCUGGGUUUAGCAGCUCGCAGUGGGGUGAAGGCAGCAGGCACGCCUGUAGCAGUGAAUGUGACAGUGCUCGGGAUGCCCUCACAUCCCUAAUCGAGGAGGUCGAGUCCUAGUGGGCAGGCAGGGGAAGAGGAGAAGGGGAGGAGAAGGAGAGGCGCCGCCGUGCACACAGAGCUCACAAACAGCAAACUGUCGGGGAGAAGAACCGGGCUCCGGGUGGAUCCCCCAGUGCACCGUCCAGAGUGACUUUCUGCACUGCUGCCCUGUUUGAUGGGGAGAACAUGUACAUGGGAAUGAACGACAAUACCCAGGAGUUUCUAUCAGCAAAUCAGACAUACAAUGGUCAGAACGAGAAUAACGAGGACUAUGAAAUCCCACCCAUAACGCCUCCCAAUCUCCCCGACCCUUCGCUCCUGCACUUGGUGGACCACGAAACUGGAUAUCACUCCCUGUGCCACAGCCUGCCUCCGAACAGCCUGAUACCCGCCUACCCCUACCAGAACAUGGACCUGCCGGCCAUCAUGGUCUCCAACAUGUUGAGUCAGGACGGGCAUCUUCUCUCCAGCCAGCUGCCCACGAUCCAGGAGAUGGUCCACUCGGACGCCACGUCCUACGAGUCCAACCGACAAGUGCCCCUGCUCAACCGCCCCGGGAUGCUGGCGGGGCCCAUGAGCGCGCUCAGCCAGUCGCAGCUGAUCUCCCAGAUGGGGAUGCGCAGCGGUGUCGCCCACGGCUCCCCAUCGCCCCCGGGAAGCAAGUCUGCUACACCAUCUCCCUCCAGUUCUACUCAGGAAGAGGAGACAGAGUCACAUUAUAAGGUCACUGGAGAGAAAAGACCAUCGACAGACCUGGGCAAAAAGCCCAAAAGCCAAAAGAAGAAGAAAAAGAAGGAUCCCAAUGAGCCCCAGAAGCCUGUGUCAGCCUACGCCCUGUUUUUCAGAGACACGCAAGCCGCUAUCAAAGGGCAAAACCCCAAUGCUACCUUCGGAGACGUAUCGAAAAUUGUUGCAUCAAUGUGGGACAGUUUGGGAGAAGAACAAAAACAAGCUUAUAAGAGGAAAACAGAAGCGGCGAAGAAGGAGUAUCUGAAAGCCCUGGCCGCGUACCGGGCCAGCCUGGUCUCCAAGAGCUCUGCCGACCAGGGGGAGACGAAGAGCGCCCAACCCACCCCACCUUCCAAGAUGAUCUCGCCCAAGCAGCCCAUGUACCCGAUGCCCCCGCAGGCUUCGUCGCCCUACCCCGGCCUGGGCUCCUUCCUGUCCCCGUCGGACCUGCAGAGCUACCGCGGCCACCCCCACCCCAGCCUGCCCCGGACCCUGCCCUCCAAGCCCAUGCUGCCCAGCAUCAGUGCCUCCCCGCCGCCCGCCUUCCAGAUCAGCCCUCCCCUCCACCAGCAGCUCUCCUUGCACCACCCGCAGAGCUCCCUCCUCAGCCAGCCCCUCAGCAUGCAGCAGGUCCCCCAGCAGCCCCUCCUGUCCCCCCCCAUGGCACUACAGGUACAGCCCCCCAUGAACUCCUCGCCUCCCGGGCAGCAGGACUUUUCGCAUAUUUCGUCUGAGUUUCAAAACAGCGUUGGGCCCCGUUCACCUGGUGCAUCAAAUCCUCCAGGAAGCACUGAGUGGGACAGCGACUACCCCAGCAGAGAGUGCGGGAUCAACCACUGCAGCAUGCUGCCAAGGGACAAGGCGCUCUACCUCACCUAA